UGCUGUGAGAAACUGAGGCUGAAACUACGCUAACCUGAUUAGGCAAGGCUACCUAAUCAAUCUAAGGUGUGUUGCGCCACAGUAUGAAGCCACUUAUAUCGGACUCUCCGCGGAUUUAUGUUGACUUCAGGGCUCCAUGAAGUCGAUGUUCGCAGAACUUGAGAAAUGAUGAAGUCUUGAAUCAUUCUUUGCCUAAUUCCGAAAACAAACUGGUGUCAAAAUCACUUCGACAAAUACGCAGCAAACUAUCAUGGUCGGUGUACCAACAAGUAACAGGUGUGAUAACUGUCGGAUAAGGAAGAAGAAGUGUGGAGAGCAGCGCCCAUCUUGCGCAGAAUGCAUUCGUAGUGGUUGGGACUGUCCGGAAUACCCACCCCGUUGGAAAUUCGUGAACGAAACGCCUAGACUAAGGAAACUGUACUCUCGGCGGAGAUACAUCUUCGAAUCCAAUACUACAAGCCCAGAUGUUAUGAGACCAGAGAAGAUCAUCUUUGGGUCCAUAGAAUCUGGUUCGGACUUGUUUCUUUUGGAGAACUUUGAAGUAGUCUCUCCAGAAAUUCCCCGAUUUCAUGACAAUAAUCCUCUGGCUACUAAAUUGAUGUACUGUCUGGGAUGCAAAGUGAAAGAGCAUCUAGUACCUCUUUGGCUGAUUGGAUCAUUUUUUCAAUACAUACCUGGUCAUUUGGGCUACAACAUCGCUCUCGAUGACGCCAUAACUUGUGUUUGCAGUUUGUAUUGCGAUAGGUCUUCGAAUGAAUAUACCAAAUCGAAAGCCAUCUACAGAAAUUAUGUUCGAGCCUUAUCUUCAUUGCAAAAGUGUUUAGUCGAAGAACGUCUCCGUUUCCAAUCGGAAACAUUGUGUGCUUCUCUUUUAUUGCAGAUGUGCGAACUUGUUGUGAAUGUCGAUAAAGCCAAAUGGAUUGAUCUCGCUCGUGGGACUUCACAGCUCAUUCAAGCACGGGGGGUGGGUCGAUACAAAGAUCCAUUUGAUCUUGGAAUGCUUGAAUCUCAGCUGAGUUACAUUGUCAUUCAAUCUGCCAGAUUCAAGGAAGACUGCUAUCUUCGCCAACCAGAAUGGCGGGCCCUCCUUGCAACUACAUCUGCAUGGCCUAGCAACACAAUCACCACGAAUGAGCUCAAAUCUCUGGAAUUGCGGAUCGAGCUUUGCCAUCAGCUAUUCGAAAUACCCAGCAUUCUUAUGGAAGCUUCGUCGUUUCUUCAGAAUUCCGGUGGACUGUUGGCAGGCUCUUAUCCUAUUUUCAUGGAUAACAUUCUCGAAAUUUGCUCUAAGAUGAAGGCAUGGCUGAGUUGCGGAGUAGAGCCUCACAUUUUUCCUAAUCCAUGGGAUAAGGCUGAAGCUACAGUUCAGUAUUCGGACCCGAUUGCAGGUGUUGUAGACUGCGUAGCCAAUACAACACUUCUGACACUCGACAAAGUCAUCUGUUCAUUAUACCACGGAAGCAUGGCAACACACGCAGUUGACACAUUCGAAGACCCGGAAGUUGUAGAGGGGUGGUAUCGCCGCGCAAUAAAGGCGUACGAUUUCGUACAAGGCGAGUCAACUUUUGCCGCCAAACCUUUAGGAAUUGGGUUGCGACAGUUUCAAUCAUCUAGCCCGAAGCCACUCGCCGAGAUAAAAUUAUGAAAUUCGGGCACUAUUAUGGGCUCUCUUAGACACAUCGUGCUUCAUUACAUCUUGCCUGUUGAAAUUCUUCAACCCCACAACACAUUGCAAUCCACGACGCUUUGAUGGCGAGACUUGUCUUUAAAUGAUUGAUGAGCUUAGCCAUUAGGACCACGUUGCCUGAAAAGCAUUAACGGCAGACAUUUGUCGUCUCUGUUUGGUGCAUUUCUUCGAAGGAAAGAGUAUACCAUUUUCUAAACCAUACCACAACUCAUAGGAACAUAUAUUUACGGUUUGAGGGAGCGGGUGGUUACCGAUGCAAAGUCUACUAUACACGUAUAAGAUGCAUGUCAAAUGCUCGACAUGACCUCUCUCUCAACACGCUUUCUGAAUCGAACUUUGAGCUUCGCCGAAGUCUGGCGAUGAGAUACUAAGAGUAUACUUCUAAAUCAUCAGACUGCUCGACUUGCCUAAUGAGGCGUUGAUGCUAGCUCGUGCAUGGGUCGAUACAAAUUUAAGCGUCACGUGGUGAAAUUCGAAACAAAAUGGACUUGACUCCCUAAAGCUUACCUCGAUAUCAUUAACAGCUUUUAGUUCGAUGCUUGGGUAUUGAUCGAAGAAGUGAUAGGCAACAAACAACAUGAAGCUCCGGAUAAAGCUUUUUAUUGAACAACAAUCGUGGUUACAAGGGAAGGGAAGAUUAUUGGCACUUGUUGUAUUUUUAUAGGGGCUGAAAAGGAUCUUCUGUUUCACUCUCGUGCGAUUGUCUAUUUGAUAGCAUAAAUGGGCUUGAAAUACUGUAACGAAAAAGAAAGCUGUCAGAUUAGAUAGAAAACGGAAUGCGAUUCAGUCGCGAAGAAAAGAACGAAUUAAACCAUUGGCCCCAGACAGUAAAGUCUAGAAUGGUAAAGCUGACUGUCCCAUUGCCACUCCGAAAACCAUGUUAGCAAAGCAAUUAGCG